UUUGCAAAGGCUGAAGGAAACCAGCCUACAUUUUAGCCCCUCCUCCCAAGGAUUAGACUUUUUUUUUUUUUAACUUCUCCGAGGUCCGGGUCUGAAAAAGGAGCCUGUCAGAAAACUAGAGGCACUGAGGAGCCUGAGGACUCUGUUUCUCUGGGAACUGUUUUAAAGACGCUAGAGUACCAAAGAAGACCUUUGAAGUGGGAAGAGGUUUCCUGUCAUUGAAAUCAAAAUGUCACUUAUAGAUCCUUAUCAGCACAUUAUAGUGGAGCACCAGUAUUCUCACAAGUUCACAGUGGUGGUGUUACGAGCCACCAAAGUGACAAAGGGGGCCUUCGGUGACAUGUUGGAUACCCCAGAUCCCUAUGUGGAACUUUUCAUCUCCUCAACCCCUGACAGCAGGAAGAGAACUAGACACUUCAAUAAUGACAUAAACCCUGUGUGGAAUGAGACCUUUGAAUUUAUUUUGGAUCCUAACCAGGAAAAUAUUUUGGAGAUCACAUUAAUGGAUGCCAACUAUGUCAUGGAUGAAACUCUAGGGACAGCUACAUUUCCCAUAUCAUCUAUGAAAGUGGGAGAGAAAAAAGAAGUCCCAUUUAUUUUCAAUCAAGUCACUGAGAUGAUUCUGGAAAUGUCUCUUGAAGUUUGCUCAUGCCCAGACCUCCGCUUCAGUAUGGCUCUGUGUGAUCAGGAGAAAAUUUUCAGACAGCAGAGAAAAGAAAACAUAAAGGAGAACAUGAAGAAACUCCUGGGUCCAAAGAACGGUGAAGGCCUGUGCUCUACCCGUGAUGUGCCUGUGGUGGCCAUCCUGGGCUCCGGUGGCGGGUUCCGAGCCAUGGUGGGGUUCUCCGGAGUGAUGAAGGCAUUGUAUGAGUCUGGGAUUUUGGAUUGUGCUACCUAUGUUGCUGGUCUUUCUGGCUCCACAUGGUACAUGUCAACCUUAUAUUCUCACCCUGAUUUUCCAGAGAAAGGGCCAGCGGAGAUUAAUGAAGAACUAAUGAAAAAUGUUAGCCACAACCCUCUUUUACUCCUCACACCACAGAAAGUCAAGAGAUACGUUGAGUCUUUAUGGAAGAAGAAAAGUUCUGGGCAACCUGUCACCUUCACUGAUAUCUUUGGCAUGUUAAUAGGAGAAACACUAAUUCACAAUAGAAUGAAUAUAACCUUGAGUAGUUUGAAGGAAAAAGUCAACACUGGACAGUGUCCAUUACCUCUUUUCACCUGUCUUCAUGUCAAACCUGAUGUGUCAGAGCUGAUGUUUGCAGAUUGGGUUGAAUUUAGUCCAUAUGAGAUCGGCAUGGCUAAAUAUGGUACUUUCAUGGCACCUGACUUAUUUGGAAGCAAAUUUUUUAUGGGAAAAGUUGUAAAGAAGUAUGAAGAAAACCCUUUGCAUUUCUUAAUGGGUGUCUGGGGAAGUGCCUUUUCUAUAUUGUUCAACAGAGUCCUGGGAGUUUCUGGCUCACAACAUAAAGGUUCCACCAUGGAGGAAGAAUUAGAAAAUAUCACAGCAAAACAUAUUGUGAGUAACGACAGCUCAGAUAGUGAUGAUGAAUCACAAGGACCCAAAGGCACUGAAAAUGAAGACACUGAACAAGAAUAUCAAAAUGACACCCAAGCCAGUUGGGUCCAUCGUAUGUUAAUGGCCUUGGUGAGUGAUUCUACUUUAUUCAAUACCAGAGAAGGACGUGCAGGCAAGGUGCACAACUUCAUGUUGGGCUUAAAUCUCAACACCUCCUACCCGCUGUCGCCACUGAGAGACUUCACCACGCAGGAUUCCCUGGAUGAUGACGAGUUGGAUGCUGCCGUAACAGAUCCUGAUGAAUUUGAGCGGAUAUAUGAGCCCCUGGAUGUCAAAAGUAAAAAGAUUCACGUCGUGGACAGUGGCCUUACAUUUAAUCUGCCUUACCCAUUGAUCCUGAGGCCUCAGAGAGGAGUGGAUCUCAUCAUCUCCUUUGAUUUUUCUGCAAGACCCAGUGACACUAGUCCCCCAUUCAAGGAGCUUCUACUUGCAGAAAAGUGGGCUAAAAUGAACAAGCUCCCUUUUCCAAAAAUCGAUCCGUAUGUGUUUGAUCGGGAAGGGUUGAAAGAAUGCUAUGUUUUUAAGCCCAAGAACCCUGAUGUGGAAAAAGAUUGCCCAACCAUCAUCCAUUUUGUUCUAGCCAACAUCAACUUCAGAAAAUACAAAGCUCCAGGUGUUCCAAGAGAAACAAAGGAAGAGAAAGAACUGGCAGAUUUUGAUAUUUUUGAUGACCCAGAAUCACCAUUUUCAACUUUUAACUUUCAAUAUCCAAAUCAAGCAUUCAAACGGCUUCAUGAUCUGAUGCACUUUAACACCCUGAACAAUAUUGAUGUGAUUCAGAAUGCCAUUGUGGAAAGCAUUGAGUACAGAAGACAGAACCCGUCUCGGUGCUCAGUUUCGCUCAGUAGUGUGGAGGCAAGAAGAUUCUUCAACAAGGAGUUUCUAAGCAAACCCACAGUAUAGUCGGGGCACUGGAAAUAAGCUGAAGUCUGGGGUGCAGUCUGUCAACUAGGCCAUCAUGCAUGUAUGACAUGUCAGGUGUGACAACAGCACAGCAACUGUCACUGCACAGGACAAUUUACAAGAGGCUGAGACUGGAGGCUGCAGAAGUUUGUCUGCAUAGGAAUAACACAAGUUUGUUAAGCUGACAGAGGAUGUUUAUGUAAAAAUACUUAUCUGCAUUUUCUGUCUGUAUGUAUUUCCUAAUGCAAAUGUAGGGGUAUAUGCUGUGUUUUGAGGCAUUCUUUAACUAUUUGAUAUAUCCUCUUUUUUUAAAAAAAAAAAAAGUGGUUUAUUUUUAGAAUAUGGGACAACUCAAUCUCAGUGAUUAAGACUUUGUAUUGUGUAUGAAUGUUAGUCACUAACUGGUUUUAUUCUUGGUAUGAGAUAACACUAUUUUUUAUUUAUAUAUACAAUUAUACAUAUAUGGAAUAAAUAUACCUUUGUGAAAAUAA